AGAAGGCUAUCCCAGUAAUAUAUUGGCUCCAAUAAUGCAUAUUUUGUUCAUGUCUUUACAUCCAUCCACUGGUUUCUUGCUUGUAGUGAGCUAAUCUUUGACAAUGAGAUGACAAUAACGGAAAACGAUAAAUGCUCUACCUGUUCAACAUUGCUUGCAAAACAAAUAUUCAUCAAUGCCAAAUUCGUCUACUUCCUAUCUCUUAAUACCUCGAUUUGACCCCAUGGGUCUGCCAUUUUUGCAAUUAUCUCCUCCAAAUUUUCAGUUUAACCCAAGCUUUGUCCACUUGUAAUCAAUCCAACAGCUCACAUUGUGAAAAUCAAGAAAAACUGCGUCUCUAUAUUGAACAGUAACAAGGGCUUGUAAUUGUUGGCGAAUUUUCUUUUCUCCAUUAUUUGCUCAUACCCAGAUAUGCUUGGAAGGUGAUUCUUGCUUAGCAAGGGAAAAAAAGAGGAAUCUGGAAAAGACCCAUUUCAGAAUUAGUACAGAAAUCCAGAAGCCAUGAAGAAGAAUCUGAUUUCUUCCCACAGUUUAUGUACAUUUCCAAGCCCAGGAACUGGGAACUAUCAGGAGAAAGGGUGGAGCUCAGAGCGAGUACCCCAUCCGUCAGGGAGCAGCAGGAGGCAUAUCAGUGCGAUGACGCCGUUUUACAGUGGCAGAACAAUGCCUUCCAAAUGGGAAGAUGCUGAGAGGUGGAUAUGUAGCCCAGUUCUGGGUUAUGGUGUUGCCAAAUACUCGCAGUGUCAGCCUCAGAGGCGUCCCAAGUCCAAGAGUGGGCCUAUUGUGCCCCCAGGGAUUGCAUACUAUUCUAAUUAUUCGCCUUCAAUGCAGGUUCUUGAUAGUGUCUCUGUAAGGAAUUUCAUUGCAAGUUCUCCAUUUUCAACUGGAGUUUUGAUGCCUAAUGGAUCUGGUGUUCAUUAUAAUGGAGAUGGGAUUGGGGGGCAAGCUAUUGUGGCACGUUCGGCUAGUGGACCUGGUUGGUUAGAUUUGGCUAGCGAGUGUUCAUCACCCAGCUCUCACGAUGGGAAACUUGAUAACAUCAAUGAUGUAGAAAAUGCAGUUACUCGGGUUGUUUCUAGGAGAGAUAUGGCAACACAGAUGAGCCCUGAAGAUAGCACCAGCUCAACUCCUAGAGGGAGGUCCUCUUCUCCUCCCUCUGUCUCUCCUAUAGAACAAAGUGAGGGUGACCAUCCUGCUAAAUUGGAAAUCAGGGAAGUGCAAGUAGACAAAAGAGCCACCAUGGUUAGCAGGACUGCGUGGCAUGGUUCCUGCAUAACCAAGAAAGGAUUGCCAGAUGUUCAGGACAUUAAUGAAAAUGCUGCAGAUGUGCAUAUUUCAUCUUGGGAUGUUGCAGAGGCAUCAUCAGACUUUUCCAAGUUGCAAAGAGAGGAAGCCAAGAUUACAGCAUGGGAGAACUUGCAGAAGGCAAAAGCAGAGGCUGCAAUACGAAAGCUUGAGAUGAAACUAGAAAAGAAGAGAUCAUCAUCAAUGGACAAGAUUUUGAAUAAGCUGAGAAUGGCUCAGAUCAAGGCUCAGGAAAUGAGAAGCUCAAUUUCAGAGACACAGGGCGAUCAAAUUGCCAAGAUACCCCAUAAGGUUUCUUUCUUUCAUAGGCAUGCAAGGUUGAGUUUCUUCGACAGUUGCUUCACCUGUCGUACUUCCUAGUUCCUAAUCUGUCCAGUGGUGCAAGCUCACGUAGUCAUGUUGAUGAGGACUAUUGAGUUAAAAUUUUCACAACCCCGCUGCUGUUUUUAGGCCAUAUUCUUUUCUAUGUAGAAUUUUUUUAUAGAGCACCAUGUAAAUCGCGAGACUAAGCAAUUUGCGUAGAUAUGAUAAAGUAUCUCCUUAUUUCCUUGUC